UCAGCAGCAACUGUGUGCUGUUCUACUUUUUCAAGACCACAGUGAGUUGCUUUCUGUCUCAACUGUGCCGAUAUGUUUUUUUAAAAGCGUGGAGUUUAUCAAAUUCACAAAAUGUACAGAGGACUGCUAUUUAUAAUUGCGAUAUACAGUGCAACCUGCUUCAACAUUAAGAUAUCUCCUGUGAAGCAUUUCAAAAAUGGUGAUCCACUCUUUGGUCAAUCCAUUAUUCAAUCAACAGAUGGAGUUUUUGUUCCUUCACCAAAACUUGGGAAACUGUUUAAAUGCACUGCAGAGAAUGAAUGCGUCGAAGUAAAGUCUGAUGAUGUAAAACCUAAAGGCCUGAGACCAGUAGCAUCAUUAUCUAGCCUGACAUUAGAAGAGGAACAACAUGUUAUGAUGUGUAAUCAAAUUCGUGUAAGGGAGUCAUCAUCUGAGGAUUUGAAUGGAGAAUGCAAACUCAUGUACUCCACUGGAACAGUCAUUAAAAAAAUGAAUCCUGUCACAUUAGUCAACAACAACAAUAACAACAACAAUCAUUAUCAAGGUCGGUGGAUUGGUCAAGAUCAACGGAGAAUGAGAAGAGAUGCCCAGUCAGAGAGUGACACAAAAGAUAAAGAUGAGGAUUAUGAUGAUGCUGGGAGAGAGACUGCUUUUGUGCUGGACGGCUCUGGUAGCAUUGACCAUGACGACUUUCAGAGAGCCAAAGACUUCAUCUACAAUGUCAUGUCCAAUGUUUGGAAAACAUGUUUCAAUUGUGACUUUGCGAUAGUGCAGUUUGGUGCAGAGAUCAGGACAGAGCUGUCACUGUUAGACAGUAAGGAUCAUGCCAAAGCUUUGCUAAAGGUCAAAGAAAUACAGCAACUUGGCAAGAUCACCAAGACCGCCUCAGCCAUCCAUCAUGUCCUCACAGAUAUUUUCAUCCCUGAGAAUGGAUCAAAAAAGAACUCCAAAAAAUCAAUAAUUGUAAUGUCUGACGGGAAAAUGUUAGGAGACCCAAUGAAUCUUUCAGAUGUUUUGAACAUGCCACAAAUGAAAGGUGUCACUCGCUAUUCCAUAGGAGUUGGUAGCGGCAUUCUGGAUAAACCUGAAGCAAUAGAAGAGAUGACACAAAUAGCAGAUCCUGAGAAGUUUUACAAGGUUUCUAAUUAUGCCGCAUUAGAUGACAUUCAGUCCUCACUGGAACAAAGUUUAACUGGAGCUCAAGAUGCUGGGAGAGAGAUUGCUUUUGUGCUGGACGGCUCUGGUAGCAUUGAACAGGAGGACUUUCAGAGAGCUAAAGACUUCAUCCACAAUGUCAUGUCCAAUGUUUGGAAAACAUGUUUCAAUUGUGACUUUGCGAUAGUGCAGUUUGGUGCAGAGAUCAGGACAGAGCUGUCACUGUUAGACAGUAAGGAUCAUGUCAGAGCUUUGCUAAAAGUCAAAGAUAUACAGCAACUUGGCAAGAUCACCAAGACCGCCUCAGCCAUCCAUCAUGUCCUCACAGACAUUUUCAUCCCUGAGAAUGGAUCAAAAAAUAACUCCAAAAAAUCAAUAAUUGUAUUGUCUGACGGGAAAAUGGCAGGAGACUCAAUGAGUCUUACAGAUGUUUUGAACAUGCCACAAAUGAAAGGUGUCACUCGCUAUUCCAUAGGAGUUGGUAGCGGCAUUCUGGAUAAACCUGAAGCAAUAGAAGAGAUGACACAAAUAGCAGAUCCUGAGAAGUUUUACAAGGUUUCCAAUUAUGCAGAAUUAGAUGACAUUCAGUCCUCACUGGAACAAAGUUUAACUGGAGCUAAAGUGAAUGUGCCACUACCAUCAAGAUCUUCAAGAUUUCUGUCUGCUGUUACAAAUCAAAUGAUCAACGAAAAACUCAACAGCAACAACAACAACAACAACAACAACAACAAUCAUUACCGAGGUGGGGGAUUCGAUGAGGUUAAGCAGAGGAUGAGAAGAGACACCCAGUUGGAUAGUGAAACAAACGCAGGUGAAGACGAGGAAGAGGAAGAUGCUGGGACAGAGAUUGCUUUUGUGCUGGACGGCUCUGGUAGCAUUGACCAUGACGACUUUCAGAGAGCUAAAGACUUCAUGCACGAUGUCAUGUUCAAAGUUUGGAACACAUGUUUCGAUUGUAACUUUGCAAUAGUGCAAUUUGGUCAAGAGGUCAGGACAGAGCUGUCACUGUUAGACAAUGAGGAAAGUGCCAAAGCUUUGCAAAAGGUCAAAGAUAUACAGCAACUUGGCAAGAUCACCAAGACCGCCUCAGCCAUCCAUCAUGUCCUCACAGAUAUUUUCAUCCCUGAGAAUGGAUCAAAAAAUAACUCCAGAAAAAUUAUGAUUGUAUUGUCUGAUGGGAAAAUGUCAGGAGACUCAAUGAAUCUUACAGAUGUUUUGAACAUGCCACAAAUGAAAGGUGUCACUCGCUAUUCCAUAGGAGUUGGUAGUGGCAUUCUGGAUAAACCUGAAGCUAUAGAAGAGAUGACACAAAUAGCAGAUCCUGAUAAAUUUUACAAGGUUUCCAAUUAUGCAGCAUUAAAUGACAUUCUGUCAUCACUGCAACAGAAUUUAACAGGAAUUGAAGACAGUCAGCAAGGUGCAGGAUUUCAGUUCCAGCUCGCUGAAGCUGGUUUCAGCUCCCAUCUCAUGCAGGACAAUUCUAUUCUUUUUGGAGCAGUUGGAGCCUUUGGCUGGAGUGGUGCAGUCAUUUUGCAAUCUGGUAAAACCGUGACAUUAUUUAACGACUCUAAUGAUGGACCCAAAUUUUCCUAUUUAGGUUACAGUGUCGCUUCUGCUAAACUAAACCCAAGUAAAACACUCUACAUAUCUGGUGCACCACGGUAUAACUUGACUGGUGGAGUAUUUAUUUUCAGUGGCUCUGAAAAGUAUGUGCUCCAGGGAGAUCAGGUUGGAUCUUACUUUGGAUCAGUUCUUUGUGCCUUGGACAUUGAUAGAAAUCAAUACACAGAUUAUCUUUUAGUUGGAGCUCCACAUUUCCAUCAAAGUGGGGAAGAAGGCAAAGUGCUUAUGUACAGACUGAAUCAGGAGGACAGGUUUGAGAGUGUGGCUAUGGAGCUUAAGGGCGAACAGACCUUUGCGAGGUUUGGCGCAGCCAUUGCAUCAAUAGGAGAUAUUGAUGGGAAUAAGUUCAAUGAUAUAGCAGUGGGAGCUCCACUGGAAUCAGAUUCUGCUGGAAGCAUUUACAUUUACAAUGGAUUCAAAGAUGGACUUACGUUUUCACAAAAAAUUUCCCCCUCAGAUUUUGGCAUUAAACUUGUCCACUUUGGUCAGUCAGUAAGCAGUGCACCUGAUAGAGAGUCAAAUAAGGCCUCCAUUACUGUUGGAAGUCAAGGAGGAGUGCUUGUUUUUGAGACUAUCCCUGUUAUUGUUAUCAAACCAUCUAUAACAAUUACUCCAAGCAUCAUUAAAAUAGAUCAACAGAUGAGUGAUUUAUCCAUAAACUACCACACAUGCUUUAAUGUGAUGAAUGAAAAGCUUAAAAUUAAACUUCCAAUUAAGUACAAAAUUGACUUGGAUUCUGAUGUAAACAAAAAACGCCUCACUUAUGAAGGCAAAGAUCUCUUAGAAAAAUCUUUCACCUUGACACCAGACGUAGAGUGUACAUCUAUCAACCUCAAAUAUUCGGUCUGUUUUGACUGUUUUUCACCGAUUAAAAUCAAGCUGACUUUUUCAUUGGAUCAAAACAAAGAAGCCCCAAUACGAAUUCUUGACAAAUUUAGUCCACAAGAGGUUGUACAUGAGAUUUCCUUUGAAAAAGAAUGCAAGACUGCAGAUUGUAAACCAAGUAUUGUAUUAUCUGAUUCAAAAAUUAGUGAAGAUUUGAUCAUUAUCGGAGAAACUCAAAGCUUGAAUAUCAAUUUCAAUCUUACAAACACUGAAGACCCUUCCUAUAUGACCACCCUGACUUUGACCUUCCCCAGCAUUCUCAGUCAGAGGAAAAUAGAAGGUGCCACCUGUCCUGUGAAGAAUGAAAAUCAAAUACAAUGUAAUAUUCAACACCCUAUUUUCAAAAGAGGCGCACAGACCACCCUUUUCAUCUCAUGGCAGCUCAGUGAAACCAAAUCUGAUCUGAAGAAAUAUGAGAUUACUGCUAAUCUAUCCAGUCAGAAUCUUGGCUCUGAAAUUCUGGCCACUAAAACAUAUCCAUUUGAGGUGAUGUAUUCCCUACCAAUCCAGCUAUCUGGCAAAGCCAGCACAAACAGACUCCGUAUUGAAGAGGGGCAAAAAGUAAAGAUUCAAGAAAUGAAUUUCGAAUUUCAGUUUGCAGGUGAAAAUAAGUAUGGCGCUACAAUCAAAGUAGUUGUAAACAUAACAAAGGACACCUUCAAAACUGAUUUGGACAUCACUAAUGUCACACCACAGGAGGAGUGUGUCUUACCCAAAAAUACUAAAGUGGAGGGAUUAUAUAUGAUCACAUGUAGCUUGACAACGCUGAAGAAAAUCAUCAUUGAUGCCAAAGUUUUGAUACAUGACGUUCAGGAAAGCACAGAAAAGAUCACUGCCGUAGCAACAUACAGCUUUGAUGAGUCCAUCUAUACUGCGAAGCAUUUUUCCAGAACUUUUCCGGUGGAGGUGAUAGUUGCGAAGCUGCAGGUGACCAAAUCUAUAGGUCCCAUCAUUGGAGGAUCCAUAGGAGGAUUUCUGCUCCUUUUCAUCAUCAUCAUCAUUCUCAUUAAGUGUGGCUUUUUCCGUCGCCGCCAUAAAAUGGACCAAGCACAGAGUGCAAACUGAAGACUGGCAAAGCCUUGGAGGGACCAUUUAUUACUAUAUAAUAUAUAUCUUGCUUAAGUUUGCAUAAAAAAGUAGUAUUAAGAAGCAGCUUUUUAAUGAUUUAUUUAAUAGUAUAUUGUAUAUGCAGAAAGAAUGAAAGACAAAAAUAAAUCUGUUUCUAAAUCAUAACAAAUAUCCCACAUCAAGGGGCUUACAGCUAUUUCCUUGGAUGGAAGUUAUUUGUUCAAGAUUUGAUGACACACCAAACUCCACAACCAAAAGUCACAUAUCAUUUUAUGACUAACUUACAAUACGGUCAACCAAGACAUUGUUGAUAUUAUGAUUCAUGAUUUACAAUAUAACAUCUAUGGCAAGACACAUCUGUAAACCAAUUUGGUUGCAUGACAAAAAGGUAGCCUAUUUUCAUGGUUAGUUUUAUCUGGGCUGCGUUCAGCCCUGACAAAAUGGUGCAAAACGUUUUUAAAAUGGUAACGGUGGUGCAUUGACCAGCCUUUUGUGAUGACGCAAGAGUUGCAGCUAUAGCAGCCGAGAAGGCCUUUGUGUUCUGAAUUUUCGGAGCCAGAUGAAAUCGAUAUUAAUAAGUGUUUAAUACUGCAAAAUAUGAAUCAAUGUUACAGUCACUGCCCUUGUCAUCCAGAAUAAAAGAGAAAAUCUCAAUCGAGUGAAUGGAUCUGUGGAAACUGUGGUUCCUAAUUAUUGUGAGCCAACACUUGCCUCGCAUUUCAGGAUGAAAAAACAAACAAUUCAGGUGAAGCAUAAUCCACUUCUUACAUCAGAGACAGUUAUGAUCUAUAUGACCUUAUUAUUGUUAUUAUUACUAACUAUAUGACAUUAUUAAUCAGUGUCUUGCACACCUUCCUAAGGAAAGGAUAUGGACCAGAAGACAUUGCAAUUACUAAAUUAUAUUUAGACAGCCUUAAAGCAGUUUCAGAUCUAUACAUGUGCUCUUAUUUCAGUUGUGUUGCCUUUAAUAUUAAUAAACGUGUAAACAAUA